CAGCUAAGCCCUCUCUCUCUCUCUCUCUCUCUCUCUCUCUGGGUUCGAGAAAGUGCAACAGAAUCGCUUCAACCUAUAAAGAAUACUCAACCUCCCCUAACCCAUGAAGUGAAAAAAGAAAAAAAAGGAAAAAAUUCUUGCCUUAAGAGUUAGACCACUCAAUCUUCUUGCCUCACCCUUUCUUCUCUAUCGUAUUCUCAUCCCUUCUUUUAUAUCCGUCCAAGACAAUCUUGGUCUGAUUUUUGGUUCUUCUAUGUAUAUAUAAUAUCUGUACCUUGUAGCCAUAAGUACAAGGCAUCUUCCUCCAUUAUUAAAAAUAAAAUAUAGGGAUAAAAGGCAAAAUAUGGUUAUUAGUAGUGGUUCUGCACUGUUUAAGGUGUUAUUUGCAGCAAUUGCAACGUUAGGUUUUGUCUGCCUUCUGUUAGUUGCAACUCUGCAAACUGAAGCAACCAAAAGCACAACAACCGUUCAAACCACUGCAAGUUUCAAACAUGAGGCAGAUAUAGGAAGAGAGAAGCUUAUUUAUGACCCAGAAUUGGAUUUCAACUAUAUGAUGAGCAAGAGAAAAGUUCCUAAUGGUCCUGAUCCCAUUCAUAACAGGAAAGCAGGGAACUCCAAACGACCUUCUGGCCGAGUUUAGUGAGGUAUCAAUCAAGGGAUUGAGAAGGUUGAAGAGCUAGAAGAGCAAAAGAAGAGACAAGAUGUCUGUCAUCUUGUAUGUAUUUUUUAGAAGUGGGACUAUAAAUGCUCCUGAAUUUAUUUGAGAAUCCCAGCAUGCAGCUCUUUUUUACCAACACAAAACUGUUAUAUAUGGGGGAGAUGUUGGGGGUAGCACAAAGCGAAGGGAAUAGCUUGUCAAACAAACCCCUCAAAUAAGAAUCUAGCUAGGGAGAAAGAUUAGAAUACAGCCUUUGCAAUACUUUACAUGUUUUUUUUCUUUUUUUUUUUUCCAAGUGUGAGAAAGAAGGAAAGAUUAGUGACAUAUUUACGUAUAUUAUUAAGCUUUGCUUUGUGACCAAAUAAGAAAAUACCCAUUUGAAAAAGAAAAUAUAGAGCAUAUAUAUAAAGAACAUGGGAAAUUAAGGAAAUGUAUCAAAGCCUUAUCUAUCAAUC